CAGGCGGCCCACCCAGACUUGAAUGGGGUUGACAGCAGGACUGUUCGCCAUUCUGAGAAGAGUGGCCGGUAAGCGGAGGACGGCCGUCAGUCGGCUUAGAGCGUGAAGGCGGCCCCAGUUCACUUCCCCAUUCUCUGCUGACUUGCACAGGGCUCCUGCGGCGCUAGCGGCAGACAGAAGGAGUGAGUGAGUAUACCUGAGCAUCCUCCAUCUCCUCCAGCACAGCAGCCCUCGCCAGGGCCGUCUGUAAGGAACCCCGCAAUGAUCGACGGAGCCGCGGCUUUCUUCUGCUUAGCCAGCGUGGUAGUGUGGGGCUGCGAGGCGGCUGGCAUCGAUCAAACGUCUUCCACGGAUCUCUUUCCCCACGCACUCAUUCGACCCCGGUGGCUGAAGAAAGAGGGGAGCGGAGGUGAGCGACCCAUGAGAGCUGAAAUCCAGAUUCAAGUGCAGGGAAGGGAUCUGCUUUUACAGAUUGAAAGAAAUGAGCAUCUUUUUGCUUCAGGCUACAGAGAGAUGUGGUACAGCCCCUCCGGAGAACUUCAGACGUCAACACCGCCGACUGAAGACCACUGCUUUUACCAUGGCAGCGUGCUGGGACUGGAGCAGUCAGAUGUGGUGCUCAGCACCUGUGGAGGACUACGGGGCCUGAUAGUUGUGAACAGCAGCCUGAGCUUCAUGAUAAAGCCGCUGAAGGAGGGCGAUGAGAGGCACGUGAUCUACCAAAGCGAACAUACGGGCCUGCAAGGGUGGUCCUGUGGCCACCAGCACCUAAACAGCCCGGCCAGAGAGAGAGGUAGUGCUUUCCAGGAAUCGCUUAUCAGGGAUAGGAGGGACACACUGAAGAAUUCCCGAUACGUUGAGCUUUUCUUGGUGGCUGAUCACACAGAGUUUCAGAAUCACAAAAGAAACUAUGAAGAUCUGCAGAGGAAACUGUUAGAUGUGGCCAACUACGUUGACAAGUUUUACAGGAGCUUCAGUAUCCGAGUCGCGCUGAUUGGCCUGGAGAUUUGGACGGACCAGGAUAAGAUUGCCGUCUCUGAGAACCCGUACACCACGCUGAGCAACUUUCUGUCAUGGAGAAGGAAGCAGUUCUCUCGGAUUAGGAAUGACAAUGCCCAGCUGAUCACUGGCGUUCGCUUUAGUGGAUCUACGAUUGGCUUAGCACCUCUCCUGGUCAUGUGCUCGGAGUACCAGUCUGGGGGCAUCAACUCUGAUUACUCUCAAAGUGUUCUUGGUGUGGCAAGCACAAUCGCUCAUGAGAUGGGACACAACUUCGGGUUGAACCACGACUCCGAAGGCUGCUGCACAGCUAAUCCUGAUGAUGGCGGAUGCAUCAUGGCUAAAGCCAGUGGACAUCCAUUCCCCAAGACGUUCAACCAGUGCAACAAAAGGGACCUCAAGACGUUUCUGGACUCGGGAGGCGGAAAGUGUUUGUCUAACAUGCCCAACACCAAGACUAUGUAUGGGGGCCAGCGAUGUGGCAAUGGCUACCUGGAAGAAGGCGAGGAGUGUGACUGUGGGGAAGCCGAGGAGUGCACCAGUGCUUGCUGUAAUGCCAACAACUGCACGCUGAAGGUGGGAGCAGAGUGUGCCCAUGGGGAGUGCUGUGACCGCUGCAAGCUGCUGAGCGCAGGGACACUGUGCAGAAGUGCCAGCGGGCCAUGUGACCUCCCGGAGUACUGCAGUGGAAGCUCAGAGUUCUGCCCCGCCAACUUCUACCUUUUGGAUGGCACCGAGUGCAAUGGCGGAAGGGCCUACUGCUACAGCGGCAUGUGCCUGUCUUUCGAGAGUCAGUGUGCAUCCCUCUGGGGACAAGGAGCACAGCCAGCUCCAGCAAUCUGCUUUGAGGACAUUAACAAAGCAGGUGACAUGUAUGGCAACUGUGGCAAGGACCUGAAGGGUCAGUACAAGAAAUGCCAACCAAGGGAUGCCAAAUGUGGGAAAAUCCAAUGCCUGUCUUCAGCGGACAGGCCACUAAAGACCAAUGUGGUGGCCAUUGAUACUAGGGUCUGGCACAAGGGGAAGAAGAUCAAAUGUCGUGGGACUCAUGUCUACCAGUCGGAGAUGGAGGGAGACACUCUGGAUCCUGGUCUCGUCAUGACAGGGACCAAAUGUGGGGACAGUCAGAUCUGCUUUAAUGGUGAAUGCCGAAACCUGACUUUUCUCCAGACUGAGGAAUGUUUGAAAACUUGCCAUGGACACGGGCUCUGCAACAACAUCCGUCACUGCCACUGCGACGUGGGCUGGUCUCCUCCAUUCUGUGAUGUUCCUGGUGGUGGUGGCAGCGUUGACAGUGGCCCUGUGUCAUCCUCCAGGAAUCUCUGGCACCUUCUGUGGAUCUCUGUGGUCAUCAUCUGCUUGGCGGUCCUGGGGCUCGUCAUAUACAAGUUCAAGGAUCGGCUCCUGCUGAAGCUAAAGGAACGCAGGGCAAAUGCAGCAUCCAAGGAGCCACCUGUGCCAGGCAGCCAUGCCAACCCUCUGUUUGUAGGGGUGGUGCAACACAGAAACGGCCACAGCUCUGGGGGUACACCUCCAGCUCCAGUGGGCUCACAUCUGGGCACAUCUGUGGCUCCACCUCCCACCAACAUGCGACUCCCUGCCCCUCCUGCAGUGCCCACCAACAGAACCACAAUGGAGAAGCUGCACCAAGGACCACCCAGCCGCCCACCCCCUCCAUGUCCCAUCAAGAGGCCUCGGCAGGAUGAAGCUGAACACAAAAGAUGAAGAAGAAUCUGAAGGAUUUGUUGCACUUUUUUUCAUAUACACGUUUGCCUUCUCAUGUGACUCAAAAGGCCAAAAAUGAUAUGCAAAUGCAAUUUUCUGGAAACGGCUUUUUUUCUAAAUUAUAUUUAUAUGGUUGGACAUUUUUUCAGCAAGUCUGUCAAACGUAAAGCAAAAACCUUGGGACUCUUGGGCUUCUCUGGCGGUUGGUGUCCAGCAGAGGGUGCUGUUUCGCCAGAGUUCACACCUGCUCUCCAGAAGGCUGACCGCGCCGGGCGAGUCCGGAAGCGCCGCAUGGGAGAUUAGAGAAGCCGCUUAGUCCUGUGAGCGCUCCUCAGCUUCGGGCUCGUAACGAGGAGAUCACUUGUGAAGACCACUUGACAACAAGCUGACAACAAGCGAGAAGCGCAUUGAUCUUCACUACCGUACAACUCACCGGUAAGCCGUCCGUCUGUUGAGCAACGUUCAAUCCACUGUACUUUUUUAAUAGUCAUUUUUACAGAUUGAACAUAAUUUUUUAUCAAUAAAUUCUGAAAACAAUGUAAUUUCUCAAUAAAGACACUUUACUCCUCGUA